GAUUUACUUUGUUGUAAGGAUUUUGAAAUGACAAUGAUCUGGGGACUCUAUGAAAAGACUUUCUUUGUGCGUCUUGUUCUCCAGUGUAAUAAGAGAAGAGAACGCAGCCAUCAGAUCUGAAAAUGGCAGUGGAUGAGGAAGGAAGAGCUGUCUUGCCAACUUAGCCAAACCAGUUCCAAUCCAGACCAAACUGGAGCUGGGGCAUUGAUGGCUACUGCAUAGUUGAUUUGUUGGAGACAAAAAAGGUGGAGCAGAGUGAUGCAGGACUCUAAAGUGUGGCUCGGCAGGAUCCCUUAAGUGCCCAAAAUUCUAGGUUUGAACUUCCAGAAACUAAGCACACUAGCUCUUCAUUUGUGCGUGCUGGACAUGCUCUGGAGUUAUCUCACUCCCAGACUUCUCCACCUAAAUCACAGGUGCUUGGAAGAGGCCUUUGCAAGGUUUCCACCAUUCUGUUAGCAAAUGGCUCCAACUGUAUCAAACCUGUAAUGCCGUUUAUUUUAUUUCUGUGUUUUCAUGGGCUUUUGGGGCUUUAAUAAUUUUGUCACCGGCUAUAUCACAGGCACAACUUUGCUAAGCAGUUUUCUUGAGGCCCCACGGUUUUGACAUGAUCAGCUGAGGGCUGGCCCAGCUGAGAAAUAUUGUUUGACAGGGUUUUCUCUCAACUGCUGGUGAAUUCUAGUCCUUCAACUAGCAGUCCUAAAGAGAAUGUCUUUUGCACCUGGAAGUUUUAUUAGGAUUCCCCUUGGUAAAGAGAUGAGUGCAGCGUGAAGCAUGCUUAAGGUUACUUGGGUAAUCGAAAAAUUAAGGGGAAGAUCUCUUUAAUAUGCUCCUUCACAGGACUUUUCUGCCUCUGUAUACCCAGGGAAUUGCUGCUGUACCCAAAAUAGAACAGGUUGGACGCCUCUGCAGAAAAUCUACCCCAGAACAAGGAUUGGGCUGCACUGAGAUAAAUGCCGUUAGCCUGGCCUCAUCUGAAAAGGCCAUGGCCGCGGCCCCUCACCUCAACUCAGAUGCGCUCCGCGAAGUCCUGGAAUGCCCUAUUUGCAUGGAGUGUUUCACCGAGGAGCACCUGAGGCCGAAACUGCUGCACUGCGGGCACACCAUCUGCAAACAGUGCCUCGAGAAGCUCCUGGCCAACAGCAUCAACGGGAUCCGCUGCCCUUUCUGUAGCAAGAUCACUAGGAUCACGAGCCUGACUCAGCUGACGGACAACCUGACCGUGUUGAAGAUCAUAGACACUGCGGGACUCAAUGAAACCGUCGGCAUCCUCAUGUGCAAGGCUUGCGGCCGGCGUCUCCCCAAGCACUUCUGCAAGAUCUGCGGGCUGGUCUUGUGUGAGCCGUGCAAGGAGGCCGAACACGCGCAACAGGGGCACGGGGUGGUGGCUAUCAAAGAGGCAGCCGACGAAAGGAGGAGAGAGUUCGGGGCCAAGCUCGGGCGGCUGCGGGAGUUGAUGGGAGACCUUCAGAAAAGGAAGCUGUGCCUGGAAGGGGUUUCAAAAGACCUGCAAGGGAGGUACAAAGGCGUCCUGCAGGAUUACGGCAAAGAGGAGCGCAAAAUCCAGGAGGAGCUGGCCCGGUCACGCAAGUUCUUCACCGGCUCGCUCUCCGAAGUGGAGAAAGUGAACAACCAGAUCAUGGAAGAGCAGGCUUACCUGCUGAACAUCGCCGAAGUGCAGAUCGUGUCCCGGUGCGACUACUUCCUUGCUAAGAUCAAGCAGGGGGACAUAGCCCUUUUAGAGGAAGAAGGGGAGGAGGAGGAACCCGAACUGAUGAACAGCCUUCCUAAAGAACUGACUCUGCAAGAGGUGGAGCUCCUGAAGGUGGGGCACGUCGGGCCGCUGCAAAUUGGGCAGGUGGUGAAAAAGCCUCGGAGCAUCAACGUGGAGGAGUCGCUGAUGGAGACAGUGGGGUCCGCCUCCGUGUCCUUCAGGGAGCCGGACCUUGUUCGAGAAGAAGCCAGCUCGCUGCCAAAUUGUUCUUCCCCGGUCAAGCCAAGGAUGACGGAAGCAGCUGCCAGCAUACAGCAGUGCAACUUCCUCAAAAAGAUGGGCUCCAAAGGCAGCACUCCAGGCAUGUUUAACCUCCCCGUUAGUCUGCACGUUACCCCUCAAGGAGAGGUGCUUGUGGCUGACCGGGGCAACUUCCGAAUCCAAGUCUUCACCCGCAAGGGCUUCCUGAAGGAGAUCCGGCGAAGCCCUAGCGGCAUCGACAGCUUUGUGCUUAGUUUCUUGGGGGCUGACCUGCCCAACCUGACGCCCUUGUCUGUCACCAUGAACUGCCACGGGUUGAUCGGCGUGACGGACAGCUACGACAAUUCCGUCAAGGUGUACACGAUGGAUGGGCACUGCAUAGCGUGCCACAGGAGUCAGCUGAGCAAGCCAUGGGGCAUCACAGCUCUGCCUUCGGGACAGUUCGUGGUGACGGAUGUGGAAGGGGGGAAGCUUUGGUGUUUCACCGUAGACCGCUGUGUCGGCAUUGUGAAGUACAGCUGCUUGUGCAGCGCGGUCCGUCCGAAGUUUGUCACUUGCGAUGCGGAAGGGACUAUUUACUUCACCCAAGGACUGGGCCUGAACCUGGAAAACCGCCAGCACGAGCACCAUUUGGAGGGAGGGUUCUCCAUCGGUUCUGUCGGCCCAGAUGGUCAGCUGGGGAGGCAGAUCAGCCACUUCUUCUCGGAGAACGAGGACUUCCGAUGCAUCGCCGGGAUGUGUGUGGAUUCGCGGGGCGAUCUGAUCGUGGCUGACAGCAGCCGUAAAGAAAUCCUCCAUUUCCCCAAAGGAGGGGGCUAUAACAUCCUGAUCCGAGAAGGACUCACGUGCCCCGUCGGCAUUGCCAUCACGCCCAAGGGGCAACUGUUGGUUCUGGACUGUUGGGAUCACUGCAUUAAGAUCUACAGUUACCACUUGAGGAGGUAUUCCACUCCAUAGGCGAAGGCUGUGCCUCUUUUUCCAGAUUCUUCCUGGAUCCCCUUGACCGACAUCAGUGCCAUAUCUCCAAACAGACUGUGCCAUCAUGGCUGUCGUCUUUUGUGUGUGCUUAGAAGAAAAAGUAGACCGUUUGUGUGGGUUUUCCCCUCCUUAAAUAUAAUGAAGUGCAACUCCUCACCACGGGAAGAGAGUUGAUGAGCACUAUGCACACAGACACCCCCUGAACCACCCGAUCUUCCUCCUCCUUCCAUCACUGCAUGCUGAUUCCGCAAUAAGCCCGCGAAGUCCGGCUCCUUCCUCACGAGGCUCAGUUACACGGCUUUGUUGCCACAGCCGUCAGUAGCACCGUCCCGCAGUCCAGUUCCUUGGAUUUUCGUCACCAGUCCCAUCACAAGAGGGUUCUACCAAUAGAAUUACCGCUUAGAAGUAAAUACAUUUCCCUCCCUGUAGUGACCUGGCUAUCCUUUUGGUGCCGACUAAGUCUUGCCGUGCAACUUGGUCCGUCAUAUCUGACAUGAAGUACGCCUGCUGCCAUUGAGAAAAAUGGACUUGAAACAGAUAGCUGCCCUCCUGGUAGCAGAAGAGGCUCCCCCCCUUUUCCCCCUUGAUCCUGGGUAUUUGUUACAACCAGCCUGGGAAAGCCAUCAAGGGGUUGCUGGGGGGAGGGAGAGAAAACCCUGCACAGGGUGGAAUCGAUUGGGGUUUACUUGUUAUUGGCAACUGUGUUGUAUCUUGUCUGGAAAAUGUCUUGGAAGGUCAAAUUUCUAGUUGAAGCGCCUCCAGGAGAGGGAGAAAUUGGAGUAAACAAGAUGAAAUGUGACAAAU